AGAGCGGGUAUCGAGAUACGUGCUCAAUAAGAAAGCAAGUCAAGAAUUACUUUUGUGUUUGUUAGGCUGCCGAGCGCGCACACACGUUACGGUAGACGCAAUGGGGUGGCUUUCGAUUGUCUUUUCCGUAGUUAUUUUAAUUUUCGGAUGGAUGAAUGUAAAUGUUCUGGGCCUCGAAGGGGCUGUAUCCUGUCUUCCUGACUCGAUGACUUUGGAACUUCCUCUUGAAGCGGCAGCAAAUCAUCAGCUUUUUGUUUUUGAUCGAAACAACAAGCCCAUUCAAAUCGAUCCAGCAUAUGAACUGAAGUGCCAGUAUACAGUGGAGGUGGUGACUGUGUUUCAGCUACGUGUUGGGUAUGGAGCAUGUGAAGUUCAGGAGCAAAAUAAAUCCCUGUUUCUUGCUGUGCAGAUAAAUUACUUCUCUAAAGCUCUUGGUCAAACAGUCACCAAGAAAUACCAAAUGGUCUGCUUGCCAACUCAGUCUGACAACCUGCAAAUCUCAAGGGAAGUAGGAAAAACACGUUGUACUCAAAGCUUCAUGGAGGUGAUGCUCCCCCAACAGCUUCCUAACUUUGAUGCGAUUUCCAACACUCUCCAAGAAUGGCUUGUUGACAUAAAUAAUGGACAAACCACAACUACCAUGACCUUGCUGCAGGCUCGGUCAAAAGGCUACGAGUUCACCGUUGCCAACAACCUGAUGAUUGUCCGAGCCUACUUCACAGCUACAGGAAUCCAGAAAUUUGGGAGACUCCAGUCGGACAAGGUUCUCUACCUUGCAGACCUCACACUGAAGUAUGACUCUGGCUUUGGAAAGAUCACAAUACUUGUAUUAAUGAUCUGCGUACCUGCUCCUGUGAGCUGUAACAGAAUGAACGUUCUCAUUGAGAUCCCCUCCUUUGUUGGAACGUUCACAAAUUUGUUGAUUGGGACUCGCCUGUACCGUCCAUCGUUGCCAUCUACAGACCUCUCUAUAUCCCGUCAACAGAACAUGUUGCGCAUCACUGUGCCAAAGAGACAUCCCUUGGCUCGGACCAUGGCUUGCCCUCUAGGGUUCCUAACUGGUGUGAAGACUGUCUUGCCAGACACAAAACUGACUUUUAAUGUGAGAGGCACCCUGACUUCCAUGACUUUCACGCCUGUUUGCCCAUGUGAGAUGAAAGGGUCUGAUCCUGCAGUGCUGUGCCAAGAUGGCUUCAUGGAUUUUGAAGUGAGCAGCAAUGACACCCUGCCACCUCUGGACCUGGGCACUGUGCAGCUGAGGGAUCCAACAUGCAGACCCUCCGUCUCAUCCAAGGACAGCCUUCUGUUCCACAUUCCCUUGGCCAGCUGUGGCACAACAUCAAAGGUGAUAAAUGGCAAACUGGUUUAUGAAAAUGAAAUCCGUGCACUCCUGAAGGAUCGACCUUUAUUGGGAGUAAUUACAAGAGACAGCGAAUAUGUGUUGACUGUGCAGUGCUAUUAUGAUCACACAGCUGAUGCUAAUCUAAUUGUGGAUGUGAAGACCAACGCACCCCCUCCUCCUGCUAUGGAACAAGGAGACUUGAUUGUUGUGCUUCGAGCUUACCCAGAUGUUCUGUACAGAACUCCCUAUAGAGACCAGGAUUACCCUGUAGUGAGAUAUCUGAGGGACCCCCUUUAUCUGGAGGUGCAGGUACUGAACAGACUGGAUCCAAACAUCAAGCUGGUUCUGGAUGACUGCUGGGCAACUGGAUUCCCUAGCCCAAGCUCCCUGCCUCGCUGGAACAUCAUUGUUGAUGGCUGUCAAUAUGACGGAGACGACUACAUGACGGUGUUCCAUUCCAUGUCGAAGUUCCUUGGAAUUCCGUUCCCAAGCCACUACAGGAGGUUUGAGGUGAAGAUGUUCACUUUUGUCUCUGGAGGAGUAGUGCAGACUAACUCGAUCUAUUUCCACUGCAGCACCUUGAUCUGUGAUUUGCUGAAACCAGACUCUGAUUUGUGUGCAAAGACAUGCCCGAGUAGCGCUUCAGUUAAGAGAAGACGAGGUCUAGGCAGUGCUGGAUCCACUGCUGUCCUGGGUGAGGUGGUAACCAGCUUGCCAGGCCCUGUAGCUGUGCUUUGAGUGCUUCCAGAAGGAGUUUUGUAACAUCCCACACAAGGCCUAGGCAAACUGCUUGUGCAUUUCUUAAUGAGGCUCCUGUAAUGGGUGAAAAUAAAAGUCUUCUCACAAA